GUUGUUUUUUAAUCACAUUUAUUCAGUGAACCAUAUAGUUAUUUUCAAAUUCAAUUUUGAAAACUAUUUAUAGGGUUUUAGAAAGAUAGAAGCAGAGAGGUGGGAGUUUGCAAACGAAGGGUUCCUCCUGGGACAAAGACAUUUACUGAAGAGCAUCAAGAGAAGAGCUUCCUUUGCUUUAUCGUCCUCAUCGAUUCAAGAUCCUUGCAUAGAGCUUCGUAAGGAGAAGCAGUUGCUGUUGAUGGAGCUGGUGAGUCUGAGACAGCAGCAGGAGACCAAUAAAAGCUACAUCAAAGCAAUGGAACAGAGGAUUGAAGGAGCAGAGAAGAAACAGAGGAAGAUGAUGUCGUUCUUGGCUAGAGCGAUGCAGAGCCCUUCGUUUCUGCAUCAGCUACUUAAGCAGAGAGAUAUGAGGGUUAAGGAGCUUGAGGAUGAGGCAGCGGAGAGAGGAAGAGGCUCUUCGGUGUCGGAGCUGGAAGCUCUGGCUCUAGAGAUGCAAGGCUAUGGAAAGCAGAAGAAUGUCAAGGAAGAAGAGGACAUGGUGGUCGAGAGAGAGUUGGACGACGGUUUCUGGGAAGAGUUGCUUAGUAAUGAGAGUUUGGCUUCUACCUCUUCUAACUAAGAUGCAUCCUUUUAG